AAGAGGCAGGGACAACCUGUGAAAAAGAGAAACUAUUUGAGGCAGAUCAGAUGUUAAUAUACUAUUAGAGACGUUAUAAAACCUGUUCUUCGGAAUACGAGUAUCAAACGUGAGCACAUGUGAGACUUGCAGGCGAAAUUAAAGACUAUAUUGCAGACUAACAAACGAUGUCAAUAGACUCUUUCAACUUCUCGAAUUCCACGGUGUCAACAACAACAACUACAAAACCGACAGUAAUGGACCACCCGAGCAACGUGUGAAACUUAGAGCGAAAUUGAGAGUGAUUACUACAAUUGCAGACUAAGAAACGAUGUCAAUUGACUCUUUCAACUUCUCGAAUUCCACGGUGUCAACAAUAACUACAAAACCAACAACAAUAAUGGACCACCCGAGCAACGUGACGAUACAGAACGAAGAGUUUGACGAGCACGCCUUCCAAGUGUCCAUCCUGUCGGUCAUGGCCGUGGUGGGUACCGUAGGCAACAGCGUGGUCCUCGGUCUCCUACUCACCGUGUGCCGGGGGGACACCACGGCCACCCCCUUCGUCAUCAGCCUGACCGUGGCGGAUCUGGUUGUAUCCCUGGUCAUAGACUCGUUCCACAUCAAGGGGAUCCUCGAUUCGCAGUUUUUCAUCGAGCACGGGAUCGUGUGCCGCGCGGUGGGCAGCCUGUGCGUCGCCGGCUGCAUCGCCUCCCUCGCCACCGCCGCCGCCAUCAGCGUCAACCGGUACAUGUGCGUGUGCAAGCGGGCUUUACACGACGCAGUCUUCACCGACCGUGGCAACGCGCUCAUCGUGGCCACAGUCUGGGUGUACGGCGCCUUGUAUGUGAUACCGCUGUGGGCAGGCUACGGCGGCGUUCGGUACGACCUCAAGACAAAGAACUGCAUGUACGACAGAACCAACGUCGUCUUCACCCUGAUCUUCAUCAUCGUCGGCCACCUCGUCCCGACCGUGGCCGUCUUCGCCGCCAACGCGAAACUCUUCCUCUACGUGAGGGACGUGAAGGGGAAGGUGACGUCACCAGCGGUCAGGCAGAAACUGUUUCACGAGGAAUUGAAGGUGUUCCGGUCUCUCGGCAUCCUGUGUGUGUACUUCGUGUUGAGCUGGCUGCAGUACGCUGUCAUCGUGGUGUCCGACACGGGGGACGUCUGGCCGCCCGCAGCGCACUUCCUCAGCCUGGUGAUCGCCCACACCAGCAGUAGCAUCAACGCCGUCCUGUUCGCGGCGACCAACGGUAACAUGAAGAGGAAGGUGAAGAAGCUGUGCGGAUUCACCAGGUGUAACCCCAAACACGGGACCAGAGUCACCACAGACCAGCUCAACACCUUCCACCUGCGCCGGAUACACGGGCAGGGGAACAGACCUUAUGGGGUGACGGUGUAA